CUGUUUUAUCAAACGCAACCACCAUUCAAAAGCAUCCAUCAAGACGAUCCAGAAGACAUUCGUCAUCACUUGCCGAGUUUCGAUUCUAUCGGCUAAAAAUCUACAAUGCGCAACAACGACUACCAGACUUCCGUCCUAGCCGGCUUCAUCAUUCGCUUCCUCUACGCGAUAAACAAGAUCAUCAUCGACGCGAACAACAUCGUCAUCGACGCGAUAAUUUCCAUGGAUUCCUUCCUCUGGCCCCUGUGGACCGCACUUGCCCUCUCCGUUGACGAGACAUUUCACAACGCCCCUGCGUUCUUUUCUUGCUCUUCAAACCAGAAAACCACCUCUACCGGUCCCGCCUCACAACUAUCCACCAUAAUCAACAAAACGCUACAAUGGAUCGAGCCCUUCCUUCUGCCAACACCAACAUCACAAGAAGAUACCACCAUCACAGAAGAGAGCCUCGAGUUCCUCGAAAGCAGAAUCGACUACCUCCACAACUUUUUCGAUGCCACCAUCGCAGCUAUGACCAUCACCAACCCUCGCUCACCCAAGCGCGAUCCCUCGACCGGACCUUCUUUCAUCAACUCCUCCACCCCUGUCCGUCACACUCCAGUGCGGUCACAGGUAGACCCAGUCGCAAAAACUUGCGCUCCUGGGAGGUACUCUGUCGUCUUCUACGAACACUCUUCGGGAAAUGCCGACCAUGCGAAGAAGGUCUUGAUGGUGUGGCAUAUGCCGCACCCAAUGGACAACAUGAUGGGGGAGGCCAGUGGGGUUGCCCAGGCUGUUCAGGUAGCUGGCAAUCUUCAAGAAGUCGUCUUGCAGAAUAAAGCACCAAGGCCGCCGCUCCCAUCAACGAGCUAGCCAACAAGACGGGUUCCAAGGCUUGCAUGGAUAAGCAGGUCGAAAAGACCACUUGCAUCUUGAGCGGAGGAGUUGUGAAGGAAACGGAUGCGUUGACUUUCGGUGCUCCCUCCGAAGAGAAGGCGUACGGCGAAGGGAUCUAGACGGGUCCGAAGUCUAAGCCGACUCCCAAAGAGAAACACGCCGACGGAAACCUACCUCUGUACAAGAAGGUGCACUUCGCAGAGAGUACCAAACCCCCGAUGCCGGACACUCCGGAGAUGGGAACAGAGGGAGCACGCCUUGCUACGUUUGCCAAGACUUGUGUAGCAAAUUCACCACGACUGGGCC